AUGGACAGGCUUGAACGCCUCCUUUCGCGGCCAACGGCAAAGCCGUACAAGUCCAGAGACAUUGAGGCCUCCGAGGAAGUCUACCUCAAUGACGAUGGCCUUCUUGAGUUCGGCCCCGACGACAUUGAAAAUCCCAAGAACUGGUCGACCGCGCGCAGAUGGUACAUCACCGUGGUGUCUGUUGUCUUGGUCGUAAACGCCACAUUCGCCUCGUCGAGUCCAUCGGGAACCCUCGACGGCAUUUCGAAGGAUUUGCACGUCUCGACUGAGGCUGCUGGACUCGUUAUCACCCUCUUUCUUCUCGGAUACUGCGCUGGGCCGCUUAUUUUCGCGCCUCUGUCGGAAUUCUUCGGCCGCAGAUGGAUUUUCUACAUCACUUUCACGCUCUACCUGGCUUUCAACUUCCUCUGCGCCUUCACGCCCAACUUUGGGGGCCUCCUGGUAGGCCGGUUCUUGACGGGAACAUUUGCAAGCGCCCCUCUUUCAAAUGCUCCGGGUGUCCUGGCUGAUAUCUGGGGGCCUCUUGAGCGUGGAAAUGCCAUGGCUGCCUUCUCCAUGAUGACUUUCAUUGGCCCGUCUCUUGGUCCUGUCAUCUCGGGCUUUCUGGAGCUGAAAGAGGACUGGAGAUGGUGCUUCUACGUUCUUCUCUGGUUGGGAGGCGUUACUGAGUUGUUAAUGUUCACGAUUCCCGAGACCCUCCCAACUAUCGUACUUCGCAACAAAGCGAAGAGGAUCAGAGCUCUGAAGAUCCCGGGACAUGAAGACGUCAAGGCUCCUGUCGAAGUAACGGACAGGACGCUCGCAUCCAUGUUCCGUGUUUCUCUCACCCGGCCCUGGAGGAUUCUCAUCGAUCCCAUUUCGUUUGCAGUCGCAAUCUACCUCGCCGUCGUGUACGCCCUGCUUUACAUGCUCUUCACCAUUUACCCCAUCAUCUUCCAACAAAAGCGAGGCUGGAACUCGGGUGUCGGAGAACUGCCUUUAAUUGGAACCGCAAUCGGCGCCGUGAUAGGCGGCGGCAUCAUCUUCGCAAACACAGCACGGGACAAGAAAAAACUAGAAUCCGGUCACAAAUCCGUUCCAGAAGAUCGCCUGCCUGUAGCCAUGCUCGGCGGCGUCAUGUUCCCCGUGACCAUGUUCUGGUUCGCCUGGAGCGGAGAGUACAACAGCGUACAUUGGAUCGUUCCCGUCCUCGCCGGCGUCUUCCUCUCGACCUCCAUCCUGCUGAUCUUCGUCGCCUACCUCAACUACCUAACCGACACAUACCUCAUGUACGCCGCGAGCGCUCUGGCAGCAAACACCGUCAUCCGCUCAGCCGCUGGAGCCGCCGCGCCCUUGUUCACAGAGUACAUGUUCGAAGCGCUUGGCGUCGGUGGCGGCGGUUCGCUCAUCGCCGGUAUUGCGUGUCUGCUUGCGCCGAUUCCGUUUAUUUUCUACAAAUACGGCGGUCCGAUCCGCGAGCGGUCUAAAUUCGCACCUACGCCACCGAAGGCUGCCGAGGUCAAGGAGGAAGCCCGAGGAGACUGA